GGCGUUCCCAGCCGCCCUGCCUGUCUGUCUGUCUGCCCGGCGGAGGAGCUCCAAAGCGUCGAUGCCAAACGCCACCGACUGCCUCCGGGAAGAUCGGACCGAGAGAUAUCCGAGCCCUCAUCCCGUCGUCUGCCAGAAUGGGUGUAAUCAUCUCCACCUAUAGCAAACCGGAGAAGAAGAUCACUGCUGGCGCCGUUAACUUGUGAUUUAUUGUUUUUCUUCCUUCAGCUGAGACCGUGAAAUGAGACGGGACGCGGAUAACUAACUGGCUAGCCGCUAGGCUAACAUCGGUUAGCGUCGAUAGCAGUCAGCUCGUAACCUCACCGAGCUCGGGGCGAACGUUUAUUACAUAUUAUUACCUGUUGUGUCGAACGGGUGGACUAUUUUUUCUUCUUCGAUAAGCGUCCAGCCGAGAAACGCCUGUGCUCCGCACGAAGUAGCGGUUGUUGUUUUUUAGCGAUAUUUCGCUUCUUUUGCCAAGUUUUCCAGCAGCAGACAGUCGCCCCGGGGCAGCUAGCAUGUUAGCUAGCAGACAUGGAGGUUGUCGGCUGGCUCGUCGCAGACGGCAGAGCCGCCAAACGCGUUAGCCGCUCGGCGCGUCUGUCCGGUCCGUGCGGGGGUCCAUAAGCGGGAACAACUUUUUUUUUUAUCGUCAGUGAAUGUUGUUUACCAACACAACGCUUCUUUUUCUCCGCCUCGCAUCUAUAUUUAUAUGCAAUAUAUUCAUGUGUUACGCGCCUGAGAACUCUGUUCAAGUUAUUGAGCUGACGUGAGGAAAACAAGGCGAAAAAUCACGCGCAGGAUCGCAUCUGCUGCAACAAGAGGACCAGAAGGAGUCCAGCAAGACUUGGAACGAGGUCCAACUGAGGGACCAGAAGUCUGCUUCACACCAUCAUGGCUGUGAGCCCAAUCACGAUGAAAUCACUCGCUAAAUUUGGGUUUUGCCUGACGCUUCUCCUGACUUCUGUGGCUGCGGCGCAGGGCGAGGAGAGGGAUUGCGCCUUCACCGACCAGCAGCAGCAGUGGGAGGUGGAGCGGGUGGCGGGGGGCGAAGGCCGCGUGUCCCCCGAGAACACCACCAUCCGAUGUCACGUGGGCAGCCACUGCUUCGGCCUGUGGGAGAAAAGUCCUCCUGGCGAAGUGCGACUGGUCAAACAAGGCUGCUGGAAUCACCUGGGCGACCAGCAGAGCUGCAGCGACGACCGCUGCGUGGUCACCAACCUCCCGCCGCAGAUCCAGAACGGGACGUACCACUUCUGCUGCUGCGGCAGCGACAUGUGCAACGUCAACUUCACCGAGGACUUCCCACCGCCCAGCCCCACCACGGCACAGUCCCCCUACACGCGCCCACUGCGCCAAGAAGAGACGAUAAUCAUCGCCCUGGCAACCGUCUCCGUGCUGGCCGUGGUUGCCGUAGCAGCCUUCUUUGGUUACCGGAUGAUGCGCGGAGACGGUAUGCAAGGCCUUCACAACCUGAAUAUGAUGGAGGCCGCCGGCUCCGAGAGCUCUCUGGAUCUAGACAAUCUGAAGCUGCUGGAGCUGAUCGGGCGCGGUAGAUACGGCGCCGUGUACGGCGGCUCUCUGGACGAGCGGCCCGUGGCCGUGAAGGUGUUCACCGCGGCCAACCGGCAGAACUUCCACAACGAGUGCUCCAUCUACCGGCUGCCGCUGCUGGAGCACGACAACAUCGCCCACUUUGUCGCCGCCGACGAGCGCACGGGCCCCGAGGGCCGCACGGAGUACCUGCUGGUCAUGGACUACUACCCACACGGCUCUCUGAGUCGCUACCUGGGCGUCCAGACCAGCGACUGGGUCAGCAGCUGCCGGCUCGCUCACUCCGUCACCCGCGGCCUGGCUUACCUGCACACAGAGCUCUUCAAAGGAGACUUGUACAAGCCGGCCGUCUCCCACAGGGACCUCAACAGCCGGAACGUCCUCGUCAAGGUCGACGGCACGUGUGUCAUCAUCGAUUUCGGCCUGUCCAUGAAGCUGACGGGGAACCGGACGGCGCGCCACGGCGAGGAGGAGAACACCGCCAUUAGUGAGGUGGGGACGAUCCGCUACAUGGCCCCGGAGGUCCUGGAGGGGGCGGUGAACCUGAGGGACUGCGAGUCGGCGCUCAAGCAGGUGGACAUGUACUCCCUGGGCCUGAUCUACUGGGAGACCUUCAUGAGGUGCACUGACCUCUUCCCUGGGGAGUCGGUGCAAGAUUACCAGAUGGCCUUCCAAGCGGAGGCAGGGAACCACCCAUCGUUUGAGGACAUGCAGGUCCUGGUGUCCAGAGAGAAGCAGCGGCCCAAGUUCCCCGAGGCCUGGAAAGAGAACAGUUUGGCGGUGCGCUCUCUGAAGGAGACGAUGGAGGACUGCUGGGACCAGGACGCCGAGGCCCGGCUCACGGCUCAGUGUGCUGAGGAGCGUCUGGCCGAACUGCUCCUCAUAUGGGACCGGUCCAAGUCGGUCAGCCCGACGCUCAACCCCAUGUCCACCACCCUGCACAACGAGAGAAAUCGCAUGACGCCGAAGUCGGGCCCGUACGCAGACCAGACGUCCACUUACAUCGAGGAGCAAGAGGGCGUUGCCAAGAACACGCAGGCCGACACCACCGGCUCCGUGAGCGGCCGCACCGGCGCCGGCGAGAGGAACAGGAACUCCAUCAACCAGGAGCGCCAGCAGCAGGCCAACGCCCGCCUGCCCAGCCCCGAGGGCAGCAGCACCAGCACGGGCCUCAGGGGCAGCCCCUCGGCCUCCACCACCACCACCAUCGUCUCCGACUCCGAGGGCCCCGCCGUCCCCGUCUGCCUCCACUUGACCCAGGAGGAUCUGGAAACCACCAAGCUGGACCCGAAGGAGGUCGACAAGAACCUGAAAGAGAGCUCGGACGAGAACCUGAUGGAGCACUCGCAGAAGCAGUUCUGCUCCCCGGACCCGCUGAGCCCCGGCAGCUCCAGCCUCCUCUACCCGCUCAUCAAGAUGGCGAGCGAGGCGGCGGGCACGUCGGACCCCGCCGCGCCCAUCCCCACCGCCACCUUCCCGCUGCCCAAGCAGCAGAACUUGCCCAAGAGGCCGUCCAGUCUGCCGCUGCGCACCAAGCCCCACAAGAAGGAGUCGCUCAGGUUCAAGUUCGGCCGCUCGGGGAAGUCCAACCUGCGGCAGGUGGAGGGGCCCAAGACGAACGCCGGAGCGGCGGCGGAGGCUCACCGGGGAGCGGGCUCGAACAACACGGCCGCUCCGCGUGCCAACGGCGGCGUCAACGUCAAUAGCGCCGCUAACGGCCACGCCAACGGCCACGCCGGCGCCGUGGCGGCGGGCGCCGGGCUGGGUUUCGGAGGAUCUGGCGUAACUCAGAACGGGACCGCCGGAGCGCUCCGGUCCGACGACGGCCGCCUGAGCCUCGGCGUCAUCACGGCGAGCCCCGACGAGCACGAGCCGCUCCUGAGCCGCGAGCGGGAGCAGCUCGGCGCCAGGGCGGCGGCGGCGAGCGCCGCGGCCCUCCGCUCGACCCGGCCCAACGCCAACAACAACAACAGCAACACUGGCCGCGGCAGGGGGGGCGGGGAGAGCGGGGGGGAGAGCGACGGCGGCGGCGGGGAGGAGGAGGAGGAGAGCGGAGAGGGAGGGAGCAGGGAGACCGCCGGGGGAGAGAGCUCGGGGUCCGCCGCCCAGCGGGAGGCUCCGGUCACCAUGAGAGGGGAGGCUCUGCUCCGGCAGCACCAAGCCCGCCGGCCCGAGAGACCCAACUCCCUGGACCUGUCCUUCACCACGCAGCAGGACCCGGCCUCCAGAGGGGGCGCCGUGGCGCCGCCGGACGGAGCGCCGGGGCCCGACGGCGACAAGAUCAGGAAGCGCGUCAAGACUCCUUAUUCCCUGAAGAAGUGGCGGCCGACCACGUGGGUCAUCUCCACGGACGCCAGGGGCCCCGAGGUCAACAACAACAACAACGGGUCGUCCCGCGGCCCGGCUCACGGCCAGAGCCGGCCCAAGUCCAGUUCGGCCAUCUGCCUGCGGGGGGGCGGCGGGCCCAGCGACACGCACGUGUGAGAGGCGGGCUUCUCUGACAAGACUGGGGGAAAAAACUACAACAACCAGAGAGCGUUUGGUCUUCGCCUGCUGAGCUCUCUGCUCUCGAUCCGCCGGAGGAAGCGUCCCCUGAACUCACCGCCGCAGCGCCGAGGUCUCGCUCCCGUGACGCUUUCAAUGGAAUCCAGCUAUGCAGCCUCCUCCCCCGCUUCUGUUCACGCCUUUCAUUCAUCUCCCUUUACGUCGUUGUGUCACCGCGUUUCGUCUCAUUUUAAAUCUUUCUUUUUUUCCAUGUGCACUUUGAACCGACUAAAAAUAUCCGCGCUUCGAAAAGUCCCGUCCGUUUGCGACCGCGACAACGAGUGGUCUCUAAACUCUUUUUAUUUUUUAUAAUUUUAAAAAUGGCGAAGAUAAAACAAUCACCAGUGUGAGGUAAAAAAAGAAAAGGCGAGCAGACGGUCUUAAAAGACGAGCUGCUCCGGUUCCCCCCUCCUUGUGUUCUCCUUGAUUCGUAUGCAAUACCAAUUCAAUGUUCGCCUGCGUGUUGAUUUCUGUAUUGUAACUUUUUAAUCGUGCAAUAGGAUUUCGCUUUUAGAACGCUUUCAAUGUUUUGUUUGUUUUAUCGCUCUCCGUUACUUUUAUUGCUUCAAUCCCGUCGUUACUUUGUAUUUGUUUAUCUCUGUUGCACUUAUGAAUUGUCACAAUCGUUUUGUAAACAAUCCACCGUACGCUAUCAACCCCUCCCUGACUGGAGAGGAAAAAAACACUGAUGACAAUCCUCUGGACUAUUUUUCGUGGGGGGGGGGGCACAAACACUUACAAUCAACCCCAGCUGGACCAAGUGGGCUUUCAUGGAACGCCCUCUGCACGCACAACGAACGCCGGCAUUGGCUCAAACUCCGGUGUCCUGUGAACGCGACAGUCACCGGAAUCGAACCGGCGGAGGGAUCGGUGGACGUCACUGUGGACUCUGCGUUGAGCCGCCUGCUGUGUGACCGAAGGUCCAGACUCUGCUCCUUGAAUGCCUCGUCUAAAAGAAGCCAACCCCCCGAAGCACGCUGGAUAUUAUUUCUGCUUCCCGUUGCCCCGCCCCCUCGAUGACUGACGCACGUGUGUCUUGUUUUAAAAAUGGUCGGCGGCGUACCCAUUCUGUAUGUUCAGCCGCUGCCUUCAGGGCCCAUGAAAAAUAUUUCAUUUAUGUUUUUGUAAUCUGUAAUUUGUAUGAGAAAAAAACCCAACAACGUAUGUAUGUGUAUUGCAUUGAUAUUUGCAUAAUUUUUAUGGAAUUCUGUUUUUUUUGCAUUCAAUGGAUACGGCCUUUGAUCCCAUUGCUCUGCGUCUGCUUGGUACAGUUUCUGUAAACAUUUUCAAGUCAAUAUGGAAGAAGAAAAAAAAUUCAAUAAAUGUAUUAAAUAAU